AUCAUCGAUUUCAGUGUAGUGAAUGUGGAAAGCUCUUCUCCUGUGCUGGAAGUUUGAAGACUCACACCCAAUCUGUUCAUGAAGGUAAAAGAUACCAAUGUGACGUAUGUGGAAAAGAUUCCACUACAGCUGGCAGUUUGAAGAGACACAUGGAGUCAGUCCAUGGAG